AUGCAGGUGGCAAGGAAGAAAACUGCGACGGAGGUCUGGGAUUGUCUCAAGACAAGGUUCAUCAGCGCGGAUCGUGUCAAGAACGCGUGGCUUCUAACGUCGAAGAGCGACUUCAACGCUAUGCACAUGCAGGAGGGAGAGAGCCUGGACCAAUAUGCCGGAAGGCUCAACAGCAUGUCCAUCAGGUACGCAAACCUAGGGGAGACGCUCGAUGACGCUGCAUUGGUCAAAAAGCUGUUCAACACCGUGCCGAAUCGAUUCCUGAGUGUGAUCGCCGGGAUCGAGCAGUUCUACGACCUCGACAAGAUGUCGUUCGAGGAAGCCAUGGGGCGGCUUAAGGCAUUUGAAGAACGUACUCACCCGCAUGCAUACAGUGGCAAUAGCAUUGGCGACAACCAGCUCCUGUUCACUCAAGCCGAGUGGCAGGCGUGGCAGAAGAAGGAUGGUGGCAACUCCUCGUCAAGCAAGAAGGGCAAAUCCCACCUUGCUUCAGAUAGUAGCAACCGUGGCCGGGGUGGUCGUGGAUGCGGUAGAGGCCGUGGCAGAGGUGGUCACGGCGGGAUGUCGUGCAAUGACAAGGAGAGCGGCUCAGGCGGUGGUUACCGCAACAAGAGCCACAUCAAGUGCUUCAAUUGCUACAAGAUGGGGCACUAA